GUCACAUCCUCUUGGAGGAUAGACACCAUCACUCCUGUAGCAUAGAUAUGUUGCACCCUCAAAAAAUGGCCGCUGACAACCACACAAGUCACCGUGUUGAAUUUCAUGGAAUUAAACCUUCUUCAGUGUAUAUGUUUUGUGGUGAUGGUGAAUAUGUUUUGUGCUUAUCUGUUUUGUGGUUAUGGACCUAAGCAUAGCUCUGCAUCCUCUUCUUUACAAGAUUUUUUCCUUCACUUAUGUAUUGGUAUUAAAGUUCAAUCGAAUUUAAUUACAAACUACAAAAAAAUGGAGUACCAUUGUAUUGGAGGUGACGUCUUGUGUCUAGUUGAAGUGGAUCAAGAUACAAACAAUCUACUUUUCAGUGAUAUAAGGAACUGUCCAAACGACUUUGAUAAAUUGUUUUCAAAAGCUGAUUUCAUAAUCCCAGAGGAAGAUUCACUUUCAUUUGAGACUGAUCCUCUAUUGAGCGAAGCGCAAGUAUUUGAUAAACCUACAAUACUUGAGGGAUUUGAGCUUGUACCACAGGUUUCACAAGAAAAAUCCAAACCAAAACCUAAGAUUAUCAAGCACCAUCAAAGGGUUAUUUUAAAGCCUGCAAGCAAAAAACCAGUAGCGAAAAAAUUCAAAGUUGCGAAUACCAACACUCCGACCAAUGAAGUGAAAAGCACUAGUUGUGUUAGUUUAAGUAAAAAUGAUAUAUUACUUUCGAGGGUACCAGAAAUAGUAGACAUCAAUGUUGAGAAUAAUGUUGCAAUUUUGAUGCUGAAAGAUGUAAAUGAACAGCCUAUGUUCCUUGCUCAGCAUAUGCCAUUACCAGUGAAUUACCACAUCCCAGAAAUGACACAGAGGAUUGUUAAUGUUUCCCUAGUUCCAAUCUGUAAGGGUAUAGAAUAUGCCUUGCCUCAGUGUCUUACAAACUUUGGAAUGAAAAUUCACCUUUGUCCACUACGUUGCAACAAGGCAUUCCUCCAUAUUGCUGAUGCCAAACUUCAUGCCCUGAGACAUAUGCAAAUCAAGCCAUUCAAAUGUGACAUGCUGAAUUGUCCAUGGGAAUUUUACACUGCUUGUAAACUUAGAAGGCAUAAGGAGACACAUCAGAAAAAUAAAAAUUUUAUCUGUGAGAAAACUGGAUGCAAUCGGACGUUUUCUACAAUCUAUAAUCUAAAUGAGCAUAAAAAGAAGCACAGUUUGCCCUCAAAUUUACCAUGCUCUGUCAGUACUUGCAAGUUAUUUUUCCAAAAUGAAAAACAAAGAAGGGAGCAUUACAAAUCUCAUGAUCGAAGUGAGGCACCAUAUAGAUGUAGUAAUGAUGAGUGUAACAGAGGAUUUUUCACAAAAAUAUUGCUAGAUACACAUAUGAAGGCUUGUAGAGAGUCAGAUAUUACCUGCAAAUACCCCGAUUGUGGGAAAAAGUUUAAAAAACUAUAUAGGCUGAGAGAACAUAUUCGCCAGCACACAGGAGCAAAACCGUACCACUGUCGGUAUGAAAAUUGUACAUGGCGGUUUGCGACAGCUAGCAAGCUCAAGAGGCAUCAAAGUAUACAUACAAAUGAUAGGAAGUUUCAUUGUACAAUUGGAGAUUGUACAAAGUCGUUUUUGAGAUCUGAACAUCUCAAGGACCACACAUUGACCCAUAUAGAAAGAAAAGCUUUGGAUACGGAAGGGAAAUACGAAUAUCCGGCAAAGAAGAAAACCAGUUCUGGUGGAGGAAUCGAAGUACAGCAGAUUGAUAUGGAAGAAGAUUCGACACAAAACAGUAAUAGUAAUGCUGAUGCACUUUUGGAACAGGCAAUUCAAAGUCUUGGUGUGCAGACUGAUAUGGUUUUGAGUAGUGGAUUGAUUUCAGAUGCUACCACGCUAAUAUCUGAUGCCGCUGGACUCAUAUCAGAUAGUCCUGGGCUAAUAACUGACAACUCAGGUCUUAUAGCAGACGUGUCCAUACCUUUACUUGAAAACGAAAGUUUAUCCACAGUAAACUUACGUGAUCUCGAAUAGUAUUUAGUUUUCUUUUAAGUUCCUUUAUGCUGUUUUUGUUAGAGAGUCGACUUGGACUGUGACUAGCUUGUAUCUGCAUAACUACAGAGGUUUGAGAGAUUUUACUGAUUCAUUAUUUUUCAGUCAUGAAAUUUGGAAAGCAUAUUAGGUAUGCAAUCUAACUGAUUUGGCUGUUUUUUAGGUUCAUUUCUAUUUAUUGCUAUCAAACUUCUGAGUAUGAAAACUAGAAUGAUGCGCAACUAUCCUUUGGUGUGCUUUUUAUGUGCUUCAACCAGAUGUACAUAUUUAAUGGUUAAUUUAGGGUACUUCUGAAUUAUAAAGUUUUCAUAAUUUGCCGUUUUUGAUUCACCACCCAUCCUUAGAAUAAUUUUGAUGUGUUUAUCGUGAAAAAAAGAAAAGUUAUAGGGGCAGGUUGGUUAAACAUAUUUUCUUGUUUUGCUUUUCAGUCAUGAAAUUUGGAAAGCAUAUUAGGUAUAUAAUCCUGAUUUGGCUUGCUUUUUUAGGUAUUGCUAUCAAACUUCUGACUAUGAAAACUAGAAUGAUGCGCAACUAUCCUUUGGUGUGCUUUUUAUGUGCUUUAACC